GAAGCGGGGCCGUUGAGGGCGACUUCCUCGGUCGUCAGGUGGAGGCUGCUCGCAGUGCCUAACCACCGUCAUGUCUGGUCGUGGCAAGCAAGGAGGCAAAGCCCGCGCUAAGGCCAAGUCGCGUUCGUCCCGCGCCGGCCUUCAGUUCCCGGUGGGGCGAGUGCACCGUCUGCUGCGCAAAGGCAACUACGCCGAGCGGGUAGGGGCCGGCGCGCCCGUCUACAUGGCGGCCGUGCUCGAGUAUCUGACCGCGGAGAUCCUGGAGCUGGCGGGCAACGCCGCCCGAGACAACAAGAAGACGCGCAUCAUCCCUCGUCACCUGCAGCUGGCCAUCCGCAACGACGAGGAGCUGAACAAGCUGCUGGGCAAAGUCACCAUCGCCCAGGGCGGCGUCUUGCCCAACAUCCAGGCUGUGCUGCUCCCGAAGAAGACGGAGAGUCACCACAAGGCCAAGGGCAAGUGAGGCUGACGUCCGGAAGCUCCCCCAGCCCCCGUCUGGAAGGGGCACCUGUGAAAUCAAAGGCUCUUUUCAGAGCCACCCACCCUCUCAAGUAAAAAGGGCUGUUGCGGUA